CUCAUCUAUAUCCCCCUUAACCAUCAAAAUCAUCUUCCUUUCUUCUUUCUAUUACCCAUAUAUUAACUCCUAUUAUUCUUACUAUAAUCUCCGAUAUGCUCCUCUAAUUCGACAACACUACAUCAUCCCACAAUGUCUGCCACCUCCGAACCCCCCUCUUCCUCCCCCUCCACCCCCACCCACAUCCGCAUCUUCACCUUAAACUGCUGGGGUCUCAAAUACAUUGCCAAACACCGAAACGCCCGCCUCGCUGAAAUUGGCCGCCAGCUCGCAAUUGCCUCUCCGCCGCCCGAAAUUGUCGGUCUUCAAGAAUGCUGGACACAAGAAGACUACGAAUCCAUCCGUCAGCAAACCCGUCACAUCCUUCCCUACGGCAAGUUCUACUUCGGCGGUAUCUGGGGCGCCGGUCUCGCCAUCCUCUCCAAAUGGCCCAUCGAAGAAAGUAGCAUGUUCGCAUACCCGCUCAACGGGCGUCCCACGGCCUUCUUCCGCGGCGACUGGUACGUCGGGAAAGGCGUGGCAUGUGCGCGCGUCCGCUUCGGACCCGGAGUCCAAGACGUCGCGGAGGUGUUCUGCACGCAUCUACACGCCCCCUACGAGCGAGAACCCAAUGAUUCGUAUAUCUGUCAUCGGACGGCACAGGCGUGGGAAAUCGCGAAGCUUAUGCGCGGGGCUGCGGAGCGCGGACAUCUAGUCAUCGGUCUGGGCGACUUCAACAUGCUACCGUCAUCGUUCGCGCAUCAAUUGAUCCAGGCACAUAGCCCCGUCCGAGAUGCAUGGCAGGUCCUGCAUCCGGAUUCGUCGGUCGGCGCGGCCAUUGACCCCGUCGAGCAGAAACGGGGCAAGCCCAUACCUUCAGCGGAAUACAACCUCACGGAGAACGGCGCCACCUGCGAUGGAAAGUUCAAUACCUGGCGGUGGUCCAAAGAAGACCAGAAGCGCCUCGAGAAAGGCCAAGACAUCGUCGUCGACAAAGAUGCCCCAUGUCCCAAAGGCAAACGCCUCGAUUACAUCUUCGUCGGAGACGGCAACUACCCCCCGUUAUACCCGGCACCGCGCUGGUCCGUCGAAUCGACCCGACUCUCAAUGACAGAGCGACACCCCACCCUCCGCUGCUCCCUGAGCGACCACUUCGCCGUCGAGGCAGUUAUCACCCGCAUCCCAUCAGAGAAAGCCGCCAACGACACCAGUAUUACCCACCAUUCUUCAGCCCCCAACGCCGCCCUCACACCCGAUACCUACGACCGCAUCAUCGACAUGAUCCACACGUACGUCCGCCGUGAGCGAUCACAGCGCCGGUGGCGCGUAGCGCAUUUCCUAGCCUCGGUGAUAAUAUCCAUUGGCUGCUUCAUUGGAGUGUGGUGGACAGGCGACCACCUACCAUACGUAGCAUUCAUUUUGGUUCUGAUGAGCACAUUGAGUUUUGGAGCGGGAAUCUUGGAUGGGUUGAUUGGCGGGCUGUUUAUGUCCAGUGAGUUGCGCGCAUUGAAGGAGUUUGAGUGGGAGGUGAGGAAUGCGAAGAUGAUUGCUGAGGCGGCUGGAGGAAAAGGGGAGAAGGUGGAGUAGGUGCGUGCUUUUUGGAAAAUUGGGCUACAUUGGGUAUAGUGAGUUUUUGUGUAUAUGUAUAGUAUAGUAUGUAAAUUUGGAAAGGAAUGAAUGAGAUGGUGUAUAUGCUUGGAUGACAGUAUGAGUAGGUAGGUAGUUGGGUCUAUGCAUUCUUUGUUCAAGUUGUGCAUCUUAUGCAUGUAUGCAUGCAUUCAUGUGCCGGGGGUACUGGCUUAGCGCCAUACAAGUAUCCAGACCGAUGUCUAUCUACGUAGGUCUACUACCCUACAAAUUCAUAUAAAAUAAUGAUAGACAAGCAAUAGUCAUAUUGA